AUGAAUUACAUUACAUCUGAACUGGACGAGAUGGAGCGAGAGGAAACAUUCAGAUUGAAAAGAUUCAAACAGCUUAAGUAUGUCAGGGUAGAUAAAGGUAAACCAGGUGAAGCUAUUUUAGAAGAGGAGCCUCUGCCUAAACCUAAUGUACUUCCCGUACCCCAACCACCAAAGAGUAUUCCUGAACCGCCAAAGAGUAUACCUGAACCGCCAAAAGUUAUACCACAACCGCCAAAGAUUAUACCUCCACCGAAAGUGGAGAUACCUCCACCGAAAGUGGAGAUACCUCCACCGAAAAUCGAAAUACCACCGGCUGAAGCUGAAUACAUUAAGCCAAAAGAAAAAGAAGUAAUCCCUAUAAAGAGUGUUUGUAGCUGUCAUAAGACACCUGAAGAAAAACCUAGUGUUAUAUGUCCUCCAUGUGAACUUGAAGAAGGUGAAACAUUUCAACCAGUUCCGUCUAAAACGGUUUGUUGUAAAGAACGCCUGGAACAUCUCAAGACACACAUUAAUCACUUAAUAGAACUAAUAGAACAAUUGAAUGCAAAAGAAGAAUUCCCAGAUCUAAGGAAAGAGACAAUUAUAAAGAGCUGUGAAGCGAUGAAAAUUAAAAUUGAAGAAGUAUCGUAUCCUCCACCUCCCUGUGACAUUUGUCAGAAGGAGCCACCAAUCCCAGAACCACCUUGUGCAACUGUCCCUGCUAGCACUGUACCCUCUUGCAUACCUUCUAUAUGUAGCAAGCUGGCACCAUCAGCAAAAUCAUCAAGAACUGCACCACCAGAAAUACCACCCAUACGCUCACUAUUGCUCAAAAGUUCACAACAGAAAUUAACGUUAAGUUGUUUUGAAACAGAGUACAAGGAAAUUGUCAGAAUUACGACGUCUUUGAAUCCAGAUGGUACUAUGACGGAGGAAAAACAAAUUAUUACAGUGAAAACUGAACGACGGAACCCCAUGACAGAGGAUAAAAAGGGUGAUGAAGGUUAUGCUACUCCUUGUUGUAAAAAUGAUAACAAUGAUGGUGGUGCAGGUGGUUUUGAUGGUGGAGUUGGACCGCCAACUGAUGAUAUUAGAUCAUGUAGAGUAGUUGGGGUUUGUGGAUCUGGGAUGACAGAACGUCCUUGUGGCGGUUCUCAGAAAGGCACUAGUGGGGACUUUAAAGACGGAGGAGGAAGUAAGGCUGACAUGAGUGCUGGUGGUGGUAGUGCACGCAGAUUAAGCUCAAAGCUUUCCUUUAAAGAAGGAGGGGUGUGUCAAUCUAAGAGGUCGGCUUUACGUCUUGCUGGUGAUAAUACUACUAAGUCAACAUGCAUGGAUAGUGGUGUUUGUAGUGCCCCGACACCUCCUAAUACAUCUAUUCCACCACCAGCUACUAGCGCAACUCCAGCAGCAGCUAUAUGUGAUCCUUGUGCACCGCCUAUAACUCGUAAACCUUGUCCUUGUGACGAGAUCUAUGGUGAUAAAAAACCAUCCAUUGACACGAUUCCAAGUAUUCAUUACUCUUUGGAAAUUUAUAAUCCCAGUCGAGACGCUGGAAUGCUUAAUGCCAAUGCAGCUGACGAAAACUCAAAAGCAGCGAAAUCUAGUGCUGAUGUUAGAACCUGCAAGAACUGUGGAGUUUGCACAAUCACAGACAGUGCCCCUGGUAGUGCGUAUGAUAUCGAUAGCUGGGGUAGUAUGUCCCAGUGCACCUGUGAUGAUUAUCAAAGUGAUGCUGUCUGUGGAUCUCGUUGCGUGAUAACAGAGUACGUGACGACAAUUUACCAGAAUGGCAAAGAUAAUGUAGAUGCAUGUAGGAAAGCAUGUCGCACUGUUGGAUGUGGUAGCUCUUACAAACACACCAAAACUUUUCUCACUGGUUUCAACCCACAUCCACCGAUUUCCUUUAACCACUCUCCACGUGGAGCACCGGCUGCUUCCAAAAGCACGACUACAUCUCUAAAACACAGUGACAGUCAAUUAGCGAGUGACUGUACAUGCAAGGCAAGUAAAGGUACAGAAGUCGAGAAAAUGACUUCAGCGAGAAUAAGUGAAUUGUCUUCAGUUGCUUCGAGUUAUUCAUCUCCUAUUGCAGAAUUAAAGGACGUUUACUGUGAAACUGAUGCACCAUUAUGUAAGGAAUGCGUAUCAGCAUCUACAUCUGCACAAUCCGCCUGGAAUUAUCCUUUGGAUAAAAAAAUGUGUGAUAAGAGCACUUUCUGCAUACCUAAUUGCAGCACAAGGGCUGGUGUUGGCAAUAUAGACAAUUCUCUAUUCGGCACGGGUCUUAGAAGAGACCGAGAUUUAGCAAAACCAACUUCUUUCUCUUGUAAUGCGAGCAAAAUUUCAAAAGUCAAGUCUUUAACCCGCACCGGUUAUUCUGAUAUAACUUUAAAACCACAAACACCGUCUGAUUACAAAAAUAAGGAUGCUUAUAAUGAAAUUAUAUACAAAGGAUGCUUGUUUAACGAUCUAAGACAAAUGAUCAUGGCUAGAAGUAUCUCUACGCAAUGUAGCGAAGCGACUAUGGUAUCUGGUAUGAAUUCCAGUUCAUCCUAUCAUUCGCAAUCGGAAACAAUGUGCCAGAGAUGUUCGACGGAUUUGCGGAAUAACCCGACUUGUUACACUUACUUAGAAUCACGAGAUUAUGACUUGAAAGAUGAAAGGGGACGAUCUGCGGCCACUGUAAGCACGGGCCUGCGGUCGCCGAGUAAGGGCAGCUCGCCGCCCGACCAGAACCAGGCCCGAGCGUACGGCGCGUAG